GAGAUGCAAACUUUGUGACCUUACCCCCACUAAAGCAGUGUCUCGUUUCAGUCUCAAUAGAUAUUUAAUCUCUGAUCAUUAUGGGUAUAAGAUUAUCAACUGCCUCAGAGGUUGAGGAGUGUACUGGUGGUAGCCUAGCCUAGCAUUCCCUCUUUGGUGAUCUGGGGGUAGCCUAGCAUUCCCUCUUUGGUGGUAGCCUAGCGUUCCCUCUUUGGUGAUCUGGGGGUAGCCUAGCAUUCCCUCUUUGGUGGUAGCCUAGCAUUCCCUCUUUGGUGAUCUGGUGGUGAUCUGGUGGUAGCCUAGCCUAGCGUACCCUCUUUGGUGAUCUGGUGGUAGCCUAGCCUAGCGUACCCUCUUUGGUGAUCUGGUGGUAGCCUAGCCUAGCGUACCCUCUUUGGUGAUCUGGUGGUAGCCUAGCGUAGCCUCUUUGGUGAUCUGGUGGUAGCCUCUUUGGUGAUAUGGUGGUAGCCUAGCCUAGCAUACCCGCUGCUGAUCUGGUGGUAGCCUAGCGUACCCUCUUUGGUGGUAGCCUAGCCUAGCAUACCCUCUUUGGUGAUCUGGUGGUAGCUCCUCAGGGCCCUCUCUCUCCCCAGCCUCUCUGCUCCUCAAGGCCCUGACCUCGGCCCACAUUCCUCACUCCUCCCCAACUCACGGCUGUCCUACCUUAUCUGUUGACUGAAACCAGACUGUGGCCCUUCUCCUCUCCAUAGGAUACCUGAGAUGUAACAAUAACCUGUUCUGACAGAAUGUAAACAUCCUACUCUCAGUAGAUUUCCAUACCCUCAGUUCUAAUAUGAUAUCAUGAAUAAGGAUGUUUGGUUUACUUACUUCUUCAACUAGUCCUUCAACCAUUACUUCUUCAACUAGUCCUGCUACAAUUACUUCUUCAACUAGUCCUGCUACCAUUACUUCUUCAACUAGUCCUGCUACCAUUACUUCUUCAACUAGUCCUGCUACCAUUACUUCUUCAACUAGUCCUGCUACCAUUACUUCUUCAACUAGUUCUGCUACCAUUACUUCUUCAACUAGUUCUGCUACCAUUACUUCUUCAACUAAUCCUGCUACCAUUACUUCUUCAACUAAUCUUGCUACCAUUACUUCUUCAACUAGUCCUGCUACCAUUACUUCUUCAACUAGUCCUGCUACCAUUACUUCUUCAACUAGUCCUGCUACCAUUACUUCUUCAACUAGUCCUGCUACCAUUACUUCUUCAACUAGUUCUGCUACCAUUACUUCUUCAACUAAUCUUGCUACCAUUACUUCUUAAACUAGUCCUGCUACCAUUACUUCUUCAACUAGUCCUGCUACCAUGACUUCUUCAACUAGUCCUGCUACCAUUACUUCUUCAACUAGUCCUGCUACCAUUACUUCUUCAACUAGUCCUGCUACCAUUACUUCUUCAACUAGUCCUGCUACCAUGACUUCUUCAACUAGUCCUGCUACCAUUACUUCUUCAACUAGUCCUGCUACCAUGACCUCUUCAACUAGUCCUGCUACCAUGACUUCUUCAACUAGUCCUGCUACCAUGACUUCUUCAACUAGUCCUGCUACCAUUACUUCUUCAACUAGUCCUGCUACCAUUACUUCUUCAACUAGUCCUUCUACCAUUACUUAUUCAACUAGUCCUGCUACCAUUACUUCUUCAACUAGUCCUGCUACCAUUACUUCUUCAACUAGUCCUGCUACCAUUACUUCUUCAACUAGUUCUUCUACCAUUACUUCUUCAACUAGUUUUGCUACCAUUACUUAUUCAACUAAUCUUGCUACCAUUACUUCUUCAACUAGUCCUGCUACCAUUACUUCUUCAACUAGUCCUGCUACCAUUACUUCUUCAACUAGUCCUGCUACCAUUACUUCUUCAACUAGUCCUGCUACCAUUACUUCUUCAACUAGUCCUGCUACCAUUACUUCUUCAACUAGUCCUGCUACCAUUACUUCUUCAACUAGUCCUGCUACCAUUACUUCUUCAACUAGUCCUGCUACCAUUACUUCUUCAACUAGUCCUGCUACCAUUACUUCUUCAACUAGUCCUGCUACCAUUACUUCUUCAACUAGUCCUGCUACCAUUACUUCUUCAACUAGUCUUGCUACCAUUACUUCUUCAACUAGUCCUGCUACCAUUACUUCUUCAAUGAGUCCGGCUACCAUUACUUCUUCAACUAGUCCUGCUACCAUUACUUCUCCAACUAGUCCGGCUACCAUUACUUCUUCAACUAGUCCUGCUACCAUUACUUCUUCAACUAGUCCUGCUACCAUUACUUCUUCAACCAGUCCUGCUACCAUUACUUCUUCAACUAGUCCUGCUACCAUUACUUCUUCAACUAGUCCUGCUACCAUUACUUCUUCAACUAGUCCUGCUACCAUUACUUCUUCAACUAGUUCUGCUACCAUUACUUCUUCAACUAGUCCUGCUACCAUUACUUCUUCAACUAGUUCUGCUACCAUUACUUCUUCAACUCCACUCCUUUCUUCCACUCUUUUCACUGUCUCCAGAGAGGAGACAUGCUGGACAGUCCUUAUUCUAACCACCUCCAGAGAGGAGACAUACUGGACAGUCCUUAUUCUAACCACCUCCAGAGAGGAGACAUGCUGGACAGUCCUUAUUCUAACCACCUCCAGAGAGGAGACAUGCUGGACAGUCCUUAUUCUAACCACCUCCAGAGAGGAGACAUGCUGGACAGUCCUUAUUCUAACCACCUCCAGAGAGGAGACAUGCUGGACAGUCCUUAUUCUAACCACCUCCAGAGAGGAGACAUACUGCACAAUUAAUAGGACACGGCACACACAGCCUAGCCUAGAUCAGCUGGUGAACUGCAGGGGGAGCAGGAAAUGGGGUGUGGGCAGACAAGCAGAUACAUCUCGCUUGGUUAGCUAACCAGUCACCACCAGCCUUCUAGUUAGAUACCCCUUUUGACUGGUUAAGAAACGCAAGCUGUUUUACUAAACUAAAAAAAACAAUAGCAACAUUAAGUUUCAAUAGUAAAACAACAGUCUGCUAUGUUUUUUACAUCCUUGACUAUUAAAACGCUGUUGAAUUUGUAUCAAUUCAAUUCAAGGGGCUUUAUUGGCAUGGGAAACAUGUGUUAACAUUGCCAAAGCAAGUGAGGUAGACAAUACACAAAAGUGAAACAAACAAUACAAAUUAACAGUAAACAUUACACAUACAGAAGUUUCAAAACAAUAAAGACAUUACAAAUGUCAUAUUAUAUAUAUACAGUGUUGUAACAAUGUACAAAUCGCUCAACCCUUUGCACUUUUCUCCUUAGGUUCUGUAGCCAAUGUAGUAGCCAAGUCUUCCUCUUUUCCUCAGAGAUAACAUCUUCAUUCUAUCCCUAACCAUUCAUAAGAUAUCACCCAUAAUAUUUUUUAAAUGUAAUUAGUCAAGUACUAAUUCUUAUUGACAAUGAUGACCUACCGGGGAACAGUGGGUUAAACUGCCUUGUUCAGGGACAGAACAACAGAUUUUUUUUACCUUGUCAGUUUAGGUAUUUGAUCUAGCAACCUUUUGGUUACUGGCACAAACGCUCUAACCACUAGGCUACCUGCCACCCACACCAGUGAUAUGUUCUUCUACAAGUUUAGAUAGCUGGCUAGAUAAACUACCAAUCAAAACAUUUCUAGCUGACAUGGCUAAUUGAGUGACUGACAUAAAAGGAAAAACUGCUGAUGUUAAAAAAUAAAACUUGAAAUUUCA